UGCUAUAUUGGAUGACUUUGCGCCUGUACAAGAGGCCUAUAUUAUGCGUAGUAGGCCUAUGUGAAACAGACGCAGCUAAACCGGCAAAGUAGCGCUAGCUGGAGCCUUGAACUUGCAACUACAUCACUGGGCGCUGCUGAUGCCAGUCUGUCAGACUUCCAAUAACCAUUCAUUAAGUUCCAGGCCUAUACAUAAAACAACAUGGAGAGAUGGAGCGGACGCGUGGCUCUUGUUACCGGUGCAUCGUCUGGCAUAGGGGCGGCUAUUGCCGAGAAGCUGGUCAAAAGCGGGAUGAAGGUAUUUGCUUGUGCGAGGAACAUCGGCAAAAUUGAGGAGAUGAAAAAGACACUCGCCAAAGACACCACCUGCAAGGGCACUUUGUUUCCAAUCAGAUGCGACCUGACCAAAGAAGAAGAUAUACUUUCAAUGUUUGCUACAAUCAAGGAAACGGCUGGAGGCGUUGAUGUCUGUGUGAACAACGCUGGUCUCGGUUUCGCUGGGGACAACCUGAUGAACGGAAAGACGGAUCAUUGGAGGACCAUGCUGCAGACGAAUGUGCUUGCUUACGCCAUUGUGACCAGAGAGGCCAUUCAGUCCAUGAAGAGCCGGAAUGUGGAUGAUGGACACAUCGUGUAUAUAAACAGUGAUUCGGGGUACUACACACUAAAUGAUCCGACCUGGCACUUCUACGAAGGUACGAAGCAUGCUGUGACGGCGCAGGCCGAGGGUUUGAGAAGGGAGCUAAGACUCGCAAACACCCACAUCCGUGUGUCGCAAGUUUCGCCGGGUUGGGUUCAAACAGAGUUCGCAAAGCGGGCAGGCGGUGAAGAAUUCCACAAGCAGUGCUUGGAGGCAGGGAACAAGCCUCUGCAGCCCGAUGACAUCGCCGAUGCAGUAAUGUAUGUUGUGGCAGCUCCACCUCAUGUCCAGGUGUUCAAUAUGCUGAUGUAUGGGACUGAAGAAUCGGUUUAGCGGUUAACAGAAACAUUAUUCCCGACAGCCGGAAAUUCAGAUUGCCUUAUUAUGUAUUCGCCCUUUUGAACUGUAGCGUAAUUUAUCAACGUUGGCACUAGGCAACACCCUCAUAGAAUUAAUUGUCUUUCUCCCGCUCCUUAUCAAUAAAGUAGUGGAACCUCUCUUAGUGGACACCUCUCUAUUACGGACACCCUCUCUAUUAAGGACACUUGUUUUGGUCCCGAAGUGGUUUCCAUUUAAUCAGACAUCUGUAACAGGACACCUUUCUGAGGACAGCAUUUGUCAGUGCUGGGAUGUCCUUUAUAGAGAGGUUCUACUGCAGUAGUGUUUUAAAACUACCAAAAGUCUUCAAAUUUGCUUUUCAAAAGCAGAGAUAUGGCAAUGCUUGCAGAGAAAAAGUCCUUCGCACGUGUGUUAUCAGUGGUGGUACAUAAUUCGACUCCUAGAACGGAAAUGACCAAUAUGGGACCAAAAUUAGUGUCCUUUAUAGAGAGGGAGUCCUGCCUACUCAGUUGUCAGCUAAGAGAGGUUCAACCGUACUUCUCAUAAA